CAGCAGCUGAGAGAGCCAGAUCAAACGACUUCCAUUCCACGACCGUCCGUCGCGAGGGAGCGAGGAAAAUGCUUCUCGACAACGCCGAGGACGAGGAGAAAUGGCUGGCGGAAGGGAUAGCAGGACUCCAGCAGAACGCCUUCUACAUGCACCGAGCUCUGGAUUCGAACAAUCUCAGAGAUGCUCUCAAAUACUCCGCUCAGAUGCUGUCAGAGCUCCGGACUUCCAGACUCUCUCCUCACAAAUACUAUGAACUAUAUAUGCGGUCGUUUGAUGAAUUGAGGAAGCUGGAAAUGUUCUUCAAGGAGGAGACGUCCCGUGGGAGCUGCUCCGUUAUCGAUCUCUAUGAGCUUGUGCAGCAUGCUGGCAACAUCUUGCCUAGACUGUAUCUCCUGUGCACAGUAGGAUCUGUCUACAUCAAGUCAAAGGAGGCUCCUGCGAAGGAUGUUCUUAAAGACCUUGUUGAAAUGUGCCGUGGCAUCCAAAAUCCUGUUCGUGGGCUCUUUCUAAGGAGCUAUCUUUCACAAGUUAGUAGGGACAAAUUGCCUGAUAUCGGUUCUGAGUAUGAAGGGGAUGCUAACACUGUUAAUGAUGCUGUGGAGUUUGUACUCCAAAACUUCACAGAGAUGAAUAAACUCUGGGUCCGAAUGCAGCAUCAGGGUCCUGUCCGGGAGAAAGAGAAACGGGAGAAAGAACGGAACGAGCUUCGUGAUCUUGUUGGAAAAAAUCUGCAUGUCCUCAGUCAGAUAGAAGGUGUGGACCUUGAUAUGUACAAAGAGACUGUGCUUCCCCGAGUCUUGGAACAGGUUGUGAACUGUAAAGAUGAGCUUGCUCAAUAUUACUUGAUGGAUUGUAUAAUCCAGGUCUUUCCAGAUGAAUACCACUUGCAAACUCUUGAAACAUUGCUGGCUGCAUGCCCACAGCUUCAGCCAACUGUUGACAUAAAAACAGUGUUAUCUCAACUAAUGGAGAGGUUGUCAAAUUAUGCUGUGUCAAGUUCAGAAGUUUUGCCAGAAUUCUUGCAAGUAGAGGCCUUUGCGAAAUUAAGCAAUGCCAUUGGGAAGGUGAUAGAAGCACAAGUGGACAUGCCCAUUGUUGGAGCUAUUUCUUUAUAUGUAUCUCUCCUUACAUUUACCCUCCGCGUGCACUCCGAUCGGCUUGAUUAUGUGGAUCAAGUUCUGGGAGCAUGUGUUCGGAAACUUUCAGGCAAAGCAAAGCUUGAAGAUAGCAAAGCAACAAAACAAAUUGUUGCACUUUUGAGUGCUCCCUUGGAGAAAUACAAUGAUAUUGUGACUGCACUGAAACUUUCUAACUAUCCACGUGUCAUGGAUCACCUUGAUAACGGAACAAAUAAAGUCAUGGCAGUAGUAAUCAUUCAAAGCAUCAUGAAAAACACCACUUGUAUAUCAACUGCUGAUAAGGUUGAGGCACUAUUUGAAUUAAUAAAGGGACUUAUAAAGGACAUGGACGGGACACCUGCUGAUGAGCUUGAUGAGGAGGAUUUCAAGGAGGAGCAAAAUUCUGUUGCUCGUCUGAUUCAUAUGCUGUUUAAUGAGGACCCUGAAGAGAUGAUGAAGAUUAUUUGUACUGUGAGGAGGCAUAUUCUUCAAGGAGGCCCAACACGUCUUCCUUUCACUGUUCCUCCGCUAAUAUUUUCAGCUCUUAAGUUGGUCAGACGAUUGCAAGGACAGGAUGGAGAUGUUGCUGGGGAAGAGGUUCCUGUGACACCAAAGAAGAUUUUUCAGCUUUUGAAUCAGACUAUUGAGGCCUUGUCAUCUGUUCCAUCACCAGAACUGGCACUAAGAUUGUACUUGCAGUGUGCUGAGGCUGCCAAUGAUUGUGAUCUCGAGCCUGUAGCAUAUGAGUUCUUCACACAAGCUUUUAUACUAUAUGAAGAAGAAAUUGCGGAUUCAAAAGCUCAGGUGACUGCAAUACAUCUAAUAAUAGGGACUCUUCAGAGGAUGAAUAUAUUUGGUGUUGAGAACAGAGAUACACUUACACAUAAGGCCACAGGGUACUCCGCAAAGCUUUUAAAGAAGCCUGAUCAGUGCAGAGCAGUUUAUGCAUGUUCACAUCUCUUCUGGGUUGAUGAUCAGGAUGGCAUCAAGGAUGGAGAAAGGGUCCUGCUUUGCUUAAAGCGUGCACUAAGGAUUGCGAAUGCCGCCCAACAGAUGGCCAGCGUAACGCGGGGUACUGGUGGGCCGAUCACACUAUUUGUAGAAAUAUUGAACAAGUACCUUUAUUUUUUCGAGAAAGGGAAUCCUCAGAUUACAGGCUCAGUAAUCCAAGGCUUGAUUGAACUGAUCACGACCGAGAUGCAAAGUGAUAACGCGACGCCAGACCCAUCUGUGGAUGCUUUCUUUGCUAGCACGUUGCGCUAUAUUCAGUUCCAGAAGCAGAAAGGCGGCACAAUGGGUGAAAAAUACGAGCCCAUCAAGGUGUGAUGCAGCUGACGUGAGGGGGCCUUUAAUUUGAUUAGAUCAUCACAAGCACAUUUACAGGAUGAAGUUGAGGAAUUGUUUAAGGAUUUUGAUUGAUGUCUUCUUCACCCUGAGGAAUGAAAGGAAUAUAGCUUUGUAAAUGAUUGCUUGUGUUGUGUAUGUUGUAUGCAUUCUUUCUGUUACAUGGUCGAUGGCACAUGACCAUCUGAAGCAUCCAUUGGAGUUGCAAAACAAGUGCUGAUUUGAUUGCAAUCAGCUGUAUUUCUGAUUUCCUGCCAUGGCCAAGUUGAGUCAAUCCGCAGGCGCUGGUGGAUUCGGUUUCUUUUGCCUUGUUGCUGGGGGACGUACAUGGGGUGUGCAACCCUGUACCCAUUUUCACUUUCUUUUUUUUCCCCUUUUAUAUCUUGAUCAUGAUGGUCAGUUUUUUUUUUUUUUCUCCUGGACAUGAAAACUGAGUUGCGUGGAUUUUUUUAGUAGUUUUAACUGAUGCAACCAUGUCGAUUAAACAUGUUUUAGUAAUUCUGAGUCCAUGGAGUAGUUUUUCAGUUUCACAUUGGAGGGGUGUAGAAAUACCAUAAAGUUUCAACAGUUUGUGGCAAUAAUGUUAUACAUAUCUAUGGUGUUUUGU